CUUUAUGAGAUUAUUAUUAUUAUAUAAUAGUACAGACGCAUGGAAAUAAAUCCUUUUUGUGUUGAGAGAGUGAUAGGUGAACUCAUGAUCUUCACAUUAAUAAGUAAAAAGAAAAUCCAUUGACAUCGAAAAUGUCCACAGAAAUUAAGGAGCAGACGUGGGAUCAAGAUGAAUGUUUAUUAAAUAAAUUUUCUCUUUAAUGUUUCUGCAUUUAGAAGGACAAGUGCUAAUUAAUUAAUUGUAAAAAGUCUCUUUUCGAUUUUUCAGUCAAAGAUUUUCUCUUCGUUUUCUUUUCUCUUUCUUUGUUUUUAUAUUAUUUUUCUUUUCCACCAAACAAGCUAGAAUUUCGGAUUAUAUUGUUUCGUGCUUCUGAGAUGACUAGAACGCCCCGCGGGCAUCUACAGUUAGCACUAGCAAUACGGGGCUAAUUCCGUAAACAAAUUUCGUCAGCCCCCAACGGAAAAGUAUAAAGAAAAGAAAGAACUGGAAAUGCCACACCAUCUUCGAUUCCCCUUCUUUGUAUUAGCUUGAAAACCUCACUCAAACCCAACAAUGCUUGAAAAAUUACCACCAGAAUUGUUAACUGAAAUUCUAACCCGACUUCCUGUCGAUUGUCUCCUGCGCUUCAGGUCUAUAUCAAAGUCAUGGUGUGCAAAAAUCGACGACCCAAAUUUCAUCAAAACACAUUUGAAAAAAUCAAGAGAAACCAACUCCAAUCUCACUCUCAUUUUUGCAGGCUCACAUCCUGAUUAUUUCUACAAUGUGAACUUGGAUUCGCUCAAUUCCAUUAUAAAACUUGAAAACCCUAUAAAGGGUCCUACUGAUGCGUCUCAUAACAUCAAGAUUGUAGGUUCUUGUAAUGGGUUGUUAUGCUUUGGUAAUGCUAGUGGAAGAAUUACUUUAAUGAACCCAUCAACUAGAAAGCAUAAAGUUUUGCCCUUUUUGCGUAUGGAUGCUUCUGUCAAGGGGAAAUCUGUUUGGGGUGCUUGGGCUUUUGGAUUCGGUUGCGAUUCUGUUCAUGAUGAUUAUAAAGUAAUUAGGUUAGGACAGUAUCUUGAUUUUUCUUUGCAACAGUUUGAAACUGACACUAUGGUUUAUAGUCUUAAAUCAAACUCGUGGAGGAAGAUUGAUGGUAUGUCUUGCAUUAUUGGUUUUGAUCAGAAGAUGGGUGUGCUUGUUGGUGAAGCUUUGCAUUGGCUAGCGAGUAGAGAUCGGAUUUUGCUAAAUCCUGACGUGAUUGUUGCUUUGAAUCUUGGGGUUGAGGACUUCAGGGAAGUACCAGGGCCUGAUGUUGUUGUAGUGGGUGCGAAUCCAAAUCAGAACCCUUCUCUUAAUUUGGGAGUUGUGGAAGAAUGGCUAUCUGUAUUUGCUAUCUAUAACAAUACACGUCUUGAUAUUUGGGUGAUGAAAGAAUAUGGAGCGAAGGAUUCUUGGACUAGACUGUUUUCGUUCACACCAAAUGUAGUGCCAUUUGUGAAAUGUUUGAGAACAUUAGUUUUCUCAAAGAAUCGUGAUGAAGUUUUAUUGGGACUACAGGAUAAAAACCUUCUCUGGUACAAGAUAAGAGAAAAACGUGUCAAAAGGGUGGAGAUUCAUAUUGUGGUGACUCUCUUUACGAUGCAAGUUUUUCAUGGAAGCCUUGUUCCCCUCAGUGUUAACAAAGAAACUGAUUCGAAGAAAGCCCGGCCACGGAAGGGAAAGAAGAAUAGGGAUGAAUUCCUAUCAAAGGGGUUUAAGCUGGUUUUAUAAGUAAACUGAUCAGAGAAGUAUCAAAAAUAGAAAAGGCCUGGAAUUGGGGGGAUGAAGCUGUAUUUGAGCACAUGAAGGUGGACGCAAAGUAGGAUUAGGCUCAGGACAACUUCUUGCAUUCUGAAAGAAAAUUAUAUGUGAAUCUCUGUCUUUGUAUAGCAAAACUAUCUGGUUACUUGUUGCUUGUUUUAAAGCAAUGGUUAGCAUAC